UGGGCUCCCCAGGGUGGGCGGACGCCGCCUGUCAGCCGCCGGAGCCUCCCUUCUCCUGGCAGCGGAGGGGAGGCGCGCACAGACGCACGCACGCACACACACAUCCUUCCCCCGGAGUUGUGUCUCGUCUCCCUUUUGUUUUUCUCCCUUCCCGGUCAUGAGACCCGGAAGUUUUUUUUUUUUUUUUUUUAAUCCUGUCUCCCUUUUCCAAACCUCUCCCCCCCCAAUCCAUCACAUGGCAGAGAUAGAAUAAAAACAGAAAAAUGGCGACGGUCACGUUGUGGCGAGCCUUGCUGCGUCAUUAGAUAAUCCUCAUGCAAAUAGCGGGAAGAACAAAGGAAGGGGGGCCGGGACCCCCGGGGCGCAGGGUGCUGGCGCGGGUCCCUCGCCGUCCGGCGGCGACUGUAAAUAGAGCCUGGAUGUUGUUUACAUGAAGGAUCCGGCGGGAGGAGUCUGCGUGGAGGAGGCGGAGGCGGAGGAGGAGGAGGAGGGAGGAGAGAGGAAGACCGGAGUCCCCGCGGCGGUGGCGUCGGCAGCGGCGGUCUGGGCUGAGGGCGAGCCCCGCGCGGCGCCGGGACCGGCGCUGCCACGAGGCCGGGACUCCGGAGCCUGGCUGCCACCGUCCUGGAGAAAGACCACACCUGUGCUUAUUCCUGCUCUGGAGGAGAGCCACACCACUUGCUGGGCUCUGAUCCUUCUUUUUCUUCUGCCUCCUCACGUCUCCGGCCAGAAGGCGAUCAUUUAGUCCUUCACUUCAUGGGCAGCCUUCAAAGGGAGCAGUGCAGCCACCAGAAAGGACAACGCUGGCCAACACAGUGACUGACAGGCUGCCCUGGCUCAGUUAUCACAGUGCUGAUGCUGUCCAUUCUAAAGGUACAGUACUGUGAUAACUGAAGGAUGGCAGCCAUCUUGCCUUCCAUCCGAGGAGUCUCGUCGUGCCCAGGAAGACGGAAGGCAAAACAGGAAUGUGGAACAGGUGGCCAGGACCCCGAAACCCUCUCACCCUGUGUCUGUGUUGUACCUCUCCCAGGGUAUAGGGAAUGUUACUCCUUCUCUUUUUGCUUUGUUUUGGAACUUGAGGAUCAAACACUGGGGUAGUUGUUUGCAUGGCAGUGCUGAGUGAAAAUAUGUUAAGAUCUUGAAACCCUGGAACCUUUAGAAGGCUAAUAUCUGAUAAGUACUAAGCAUGAAUUAGUAUUUCUGGAGUGUUAUUCAGAGAAAUUUGUAGCAUUUUUGUAAAUGUGAAAGGUAUCCUGAUUAGAACAGCUUGGCACUUGUCACUGCACUAUUAGAUGUUCAAAAUUAAAUUCAACUUAAGCAGGAAGGGAAAAAAAGCCCUACAUGCUAAACAAUAUUAUUGUGUGAAUGAAUAAAAGUAAACGUUUGCAUUUAAGGAGUGAGUAGUGACAUGGUAUGCUUCUUUCAGGAUCUUUAGAAUCUAGCCUAAUUCAAAAAGUAUUUAUUGAAUGCUCAUCUUAUUGCUGCUGCUAUCACCUUUACAUGAAAAUAAAAUGUAAAUUAUUUUA